AUGUUCUUAUCCAUUUUAUCAUCAGUGAAUAAAGUUAAAUGUUGUACUCGAUUCUUAUCGUACGUGCAGGGUCAAGCGCCACCUGAUCGUUCGGAUGUUCGAGAAUAUUUUUACUAUAUCGAUUCAUUUGGACAGCUAUUCUUAGAUGACACACGAUUUAAAAACUUCACGUCUUGUUACAAAGAUCCGAAAUUCCUCCAUUUUUUCUUCACUCGUCUUCAAGCUAAUUCGCACAAUGAUCGCCCAUACUUUGCAGUAUUUCCAUAUGUAUCAUUAUGUGGCCGAGAACGAAACUUUGUACGUUGUGCUGAUGUGCCAUUUGUGUUGACACGAUUUUUCGAUGAAAGUGAUCGAUUUGAACUUUGUCACAUACCAGCAGCAAUACUUUCCGUCCAAUUUGAACCAAAAAAACUUUAUGUUAAAGCAGAUACUGGUCGAAUUUACUAUCCAAUAGCAGACAAGUUUCAUACCGGUAUAGCUUUGAUCAAAGAUGCUAUCGCGGAACGAUUGAGUUCUCAUUUAAUUUAUGACGACAAAUCCGAUGGUGUACCGACGGGUAUUGAAUGGAAAGGGAAAAUACACCAAUUGAAAAAGGAUGAUCGGAUAGAAAAAGCCGUUUAUGAGCAUAGUCGAUUCGAAUUCUGUGAAUAA